CCUUUAAUUAACAAAAAUAACAUGAAUCAAUUUAAUGACUUUAGUAUUCAAGAUGAAUACCUUGAAGACCAAUAUGAAAAAGACGAAAUUGUGAGGCCUGUAUUGACAGAUACCCAUGAAGAUACUCCAAUAAAUUUCAGUGAAGAAUAUGAAGAAGAGAGGGUGCAUCCUAGCCUUUAUACAUCUUCAUCAGACAUCGAACUUUCUGACUCUUUCAGAGCUAUUCAAUCUAUUGGGUCUCAUCUUUUUAGUAACAUUACUCAUAAAAGCCAUAAAAUGUUUUGGGAAAGAACUAAGUUAUCUCAGAAAUUUGCGAAUGAUAUGAAUUCUUCUUUGACUAAAGGAUCAAGUAUAAAUCCUACUGGAAAUGAGAGAACAGUCUUAGGUUUUAAUGCUCUUGCAAAAUCAUUUAACUUUGAAUAUCGUCACUUAGAUUCUCUAAGAAGCUGUCAAUCGGAUAAUGGAGAAUCAUGAGAAAGUUCAAUUGAGAGGAGCGAUGCAAACGAGAAAAUUUGAAAUUUAAGUUCAUCAGAAUUACCAGGAGAGAGUCUAGAGAAUGCUUUUACUACGAAUAUUAUUUCUCAGCUUGAUUCACAAUCAUCUAUCUCUAAGCAAUCAGGAUCUGGUUUGAAGGGAUGUUCCAAACUACAAAUGCCUAAACCUUGUUGGAAUUUUGGGAUGCUUAAUCAAGCUUCUCUCAAACCCUUCUUUAUUGACAUUAAGACUGAUAAUCAAGAAAAAUCGACCAAUUUUGAAAAUGGUCAAAAUUGAGUGAACGCAAGAGACUUAUUAAAGAAGUCUGAAGAAAUUGCUGCCCAGGUUGGAGUUCAAAAAGACAUAUCUCUUGAUAAAGACAUUACUCAGAUAACUGCUCCAAUUUCUCUUAAAAAUAAAAAUUCUGCUAAAGAAUCAAUGAUCGGGAAAUUUACCAAAUCUGAAAGAGCACUAAAAGUCAAAAGAUAUCUUGAGAAAAAGAGAAGGAGGAGAUGGAGUACUAACGUAAACUACCAAAGUCGUAAAAGAGUAGCUGACAACAGACCAAGACUUAAAGGUAGAUUCCUCUCAACUGAACAAGCCCUGUGAUUUGCAAAGGAAUUAGAAAUUGAGCAGAAAAAGAGACUAGAAAAAGCGAAGAUCUUCAUGAUCGAAGUGUUUGAUAGAAAGACAAGGCAAUUAAGGAAGAGGAUCUAUCCAAAUAAAAAAGCAUUGGAAAAAUACACUACUCAAAAUUUAGUCUAACCAUCAACAGGGAAGUACCAGGCCAAAAGAAUUUCUCUAAAAUCCUUGAAUUUUGAUUUCAAAUAGCAAGGAAUCAAAACCAUGGAAUACUGACGAAUUUCUAUUUUAAUUAAAAUAACGUAAGAAUAGUUACAUUUCAAC